AUGUUGCCGUUCAUCUCAGCCCUACUUCUGCCCAUAGCAGUGAAGGCUGCUGCCUUUAAAUCCCCAGAGAACUCCACAUUUACAAAUCCCAUAUUGCCAGGCUUUCAUCCAGACCCCAGCUGCAUCUUUGUCCCGGAAUGGGACGAUACCUUCUUCUGUGCGACAUCCAGCUUCCAAGCCUUUCCUGGCAUUCCAAUCCACGCAAGCAAGGACCUGCAGAAUUGGAAGCUCGUUGGAAAUGUGCUUAAUCGACCGGGUCAGCUUCCAGAUCUCGCAAAUGUCGAUAGUGCAACGGGAGGACUCUGGGCACCGACCUUGCGAUACGAGAAUGGAAUAUUCUGGGUAGUUACCACGUUGGUGUUUGAUGAUUUCGCUGCAAACGACUCCUCAAGAUGGGACAAUAUCAUAUUCAAGGGGGAGCAUCCUUACGAUGAGACAUCAUGGUCGGAUGCAGUGCAUUUCGAUUUCAAUGGGUACGACACGUCGCCAUUCUGGGACAGCGAUGGACAAGUUUAUAUGGUUGGGUCCCAUGCCUACAAAGUAUACCCAGCCAUCCAGAUGGCCAAGAUAAACCUUGAGACAGGAAAAACUGGCGAUUGGGAGACACUCUGGACUGGAACCGGGGGAAUGGCGCCCGAAGCCCCCCAUAUCUAUCGCAAGGACGAUAUGUACUAUCUCUUGAUUGCAGAGGCAGGCGGAACCGGUGAGGACCACAUGGUAACAAUGGCCCGAUCGUCAGAGAGUAUAUGGGGCCCUUAUGAUGCCAGCCCGGGCAACCCUUUCCUGACAGCAGCAAACACGACAAGGCUUUUCCAGACCGUUGGUCAUGCAGACCUGUUUCAGGAUGCAGCAGAUAACUGGUGGGCGGUCGCCUUAUCAACAAGAGAAGACCCUUCGCUCGCCUCUCAUCCCAUGGGACGCGAGUCAGUUCUUACUCCGGUAACAUGGAAUCAGGGGGAAUGGCCGAUAUUCGACAUAGUGGAAGGGUUUAUGGAGGGAUGGCCGAGACCGGAUCCGGCUGAUAUCAAGGGAGACGGCGCCUGGAUCUCCGAAGGGGAUGACGUGGACUUCGGGCCGGGCUCAUCAUUGCCACCACAUUUCACCUACUGGAGAUAUCCCCAUCCCGAAGCCUUCGCGGUAUCUCCUCCGGAAAGCCCAUUCACACUGCAGGUGAAGCCCUCGUUAGAAAACCUAACCGGAUAUGAUGGAGAGUCUGCCCCCAAGCAAGGGCAUUCCUUCGUGGGCAGGAGGCAAGAGCACACUUUGUUCACCUAUAGCGUUGAUUUGGAUUACUCCCCGAGUACUAUUGGCGAAGAAGCCGGCGUGACAGUUUUCCUGCAACAAGACCGUCACAUCGACAUGGGAUUGGCUUUACUGACGCCCAAUGAGUUAUACCUGCGCGUUCGAGGCGUGUCAGAAUCCGACCUUCCUAGCCAUCGGACAAUCCUACCGGAGGCGUGGGCUGGCGAGACUCUACAUCUGGAGAUCAAGGCAUUCAACUGGACUCAUUAUUCAUUCUCUGCCGGACCAGCAAACGCAAUGUCCCAACUGCAGACUCUUGCAUAUUAUCCAAACUCCGAUGUCAGCUCCGGGUUUACCGGUACAUUUCUAGGCGUUUAUGCUACAAGAAAUGGAGGAAAUGGCUUCAGUCCAGCCUACUUUUCGAACUGGUCCUACGUUCCGCAGGGGCAGUUCCUGGAUUAA